UUCCCGUGUACAGCCAAUCAAAAUCAUUUGGAGGCGCGGUUAUCAAGCCACACGGAAGUUACUGCGCAUUUCACGUUUUCGAAGCUGAGCUUACACUGCACCAGCCCCAGCUCCUGUCAUUAUGUGGCCAGUGUUAUGGAUGUCCAUGCGGACCUACGCCCCCUACAUAACCUUCCCGGUGGCCUUCGUGGUGGGGGCGGUGGGGUACCACCUGGAGUGGUUUAUCAGGGGGGACACCACCCCUAAACCUGGGGAGGAGAGGAGCAUCGUGGAGCUGAGGGAGGAUAGGAAGCUGGAGGAGGGGGCAGGACGGGACAGCACCCAGGUCCUCAGUCUCAAAGAGAAGCUAGAGUUUACCCCCCGGGCAGCGCUGGACCGCAACCGACCCGAGAAGAGCUAACCGUGCCUGGGGUUAGGCUGACUGGUGUCCACCACCCCUAGUCCUGGAUCAAGGGGUGAAGGGAGUGGAAUGAUGGAUAUAAACCCUGGUUUCCUGAUGCUAUGUAUUGGCCAAAUAGAGGCGUUGAAGCCACUGGUCGGCCAUAUUGUCACUCCCCAGAAGAAGCAGUCCACCAUAGGAAUGAAUGGAAUUCUGCAGUAUUUCAAUUACAUUUUUCAAGGAGAAAAUUAAAUGUUUUAAAGUGUUUUGUUGUUGUAGUGGGGACAGUAACUUUAGAACUUUCCAAAAAUUAUACUUUAAGAAAAAAGUGUUUAUUUUUUUAUUUUGUUUAGUUCACAUAAUUUAAGAGUAUGCAUUAAAGUGUAAUAGAAUACAUGUGGCAUAAACAAAUGUAGACAAUAAAGGUAUUUCUAAAGCAACCAAAAUAUGUUUUACAAUGGUGGAGGAACAGCGCCCCCUGUCAGUCAUCUAGUGUGUAUGUCUAUAUAAGUCAUUGGCGUGGAAGGUGCUAACCAAAGGGAUCGGAGUCAUCUUCUUCUCAACAUACACACACCAGACAAUCGUUGGCACUCGUAUGCCCAAAGCACUGGCAUCAUACUGUACUUGGACACCUGUGGUGGCACUGUUCUGUUUGAAACUGGAGGAUCAUGGGAAAUGGAGUCUUUUGUUUUAGGGUGCUGAAUAUCCAUGCACCUCAUUAAUUGUUUGUGAUUCUCUUGCUCUCUUUCAUAUAAAUACACACACACAAAUAUAGGCUACUGGUUAUUCAGUUCUUAGUUGUGAUCAUGUUCACCACAUAAACCAUUGGAGAAUGUUGGUCUGUAUUUUCAAAGCUUAGUAUAUAAGUCCCUGGGCACUCAAUCUGAUGACUACUGCUGGGGUAACUCCUGAUGAGGCAUCGCUCUCUUCUGCUCCUCAGAAGCUCACAUGACUGAUGAAAGAACAAAGAACCCCUAUUUGUGUGUGUGUGGGAGACUUUCAAUGUGUCUUCAUAUUUUAAAAACGUCAUGAAAGAGAAGAAGACAGUGUCGACAACAUAAAAUAACUGAAAUCAAUUUGAAUGAACGAGUGCCGAGGUAGAAUAACACAGAAGGGAACAAGCUGCUCCUUUAAUGCUCCUCCGUUCUCCAGAAAUUAAAAUGGGUUCCAGUCAGCAAGCAUGAAGAAGGGAGGAGUGUCUCAUCUGGUCGUUUAUCCUCGUUGCUUUGAUGCCUUCUCUGUUCUGUUACUUGGAUUCAAUACCAAGAAAGACUAAAAGUCUGAGUGCUCUAUUAGAGAACUCAAACUGGUCUUUUUCUGUCUUUCAUUUACCUGGUAUGCUUUCAUUUAGAAAGUCUGUAAAGGUACACUGGUUUAUGUGUUUCAUGGAUUAAGAUAUUAUAUUUAAGGAUUUGGAUGGAAGAUACAAAAUGUGACAGUCUUUUGUCGGGUACGACCGCUCACUGCAUGUUCUAAGUUACUGCUGUAAAAUGAGUGUAUGUUAUAAAAAUAUAAAGAUGUAAUGUGUC